AUGUCGAGACGAGCUCCAAAUCCCGGCGCCGAGCGGGCGGCGCAGAACCAGGCGACCAUCAAAAGUCUCCUGAAGCUCGAGCCCAACAAGAUCUGCGCUGAUUGCAAGAAGAACAAGCACCCGCGCUGGGCCAGCUGGAAUCUGGGCAUUUUCAUCUGCAUCCGAUGCUCUGGCAUCCACCGUGGCAUGGGAACCCACAUUAGCAGAGUCAAAUCCGUCGACCUGGACUCAUGGACCGACGAACAGCUCCAGAGCGUCUUGAACUGGGGCAAUGCGCGCGCGAACAAGUACUGGGAAGCGAAGCUGGCCCCCGGCCACACCCCUUCCGAAUCCAAGAUAGAGAACUUUAUCCGCACCAAAUACGAGCUGAAGAGAUGGGCAAUGGAUGGGCCGGUGCCAGACCCUGCAACCCUGGACGCUGCAGCAGACGAUGAUGUCCCAUUAAGUAUCGUCAAAGAGAAACAAGUUGUUGAAAGAAACGAGUCGAUCAGGAAGGCUUCGAUCGGACAGUCCCAAGCACCUCGAAAGGCUCCCCUGCCGGCGCCCGCGGUGGGAGACCUCAUCGGCAGCGAUGAUCCUGUACCGGUGCGAGCAACUAGCGGGCCUCCCGUUGGCAGGAUCACUCCCAAGGCCGAACCCGCCCCUCCGAAGACGACUGGCACCAAAGAUUCUCUGCUCGGACUGGACUUCCUCGGCGAAGCUAACACGCCGCCCCGGCCUGCAAGCACCCCUGGAGUGAGCUCCGCUGGAGCUCAAUCAAGACCGGAUCUUAAACAGUCUAUUCUAUCAUUAUAUGCUUCCGUUCCCAAGCCACAGCCUCCGCAACAGCAGCAGUAUCAGCAGCAGGGAUUCGGAGGCCCGACCUCCCCAACCUUUAGUCACCACUCUCAGGGCUCGGUGGGCGGCUCAAUGGGCGGUUUCAAUGAUGCUUUUGGUAGCUUGAACAUAGGCAAUGUCGCCGCUCCCAGGCCGGCACCAGUCGACCCCUUUGCCAGCCUGGGCACUAGGGCAGCAGCAUCCCAGUCCACUAACAGCAGUGCCUUUGGCGGUUUGAGCGGAGGCAACUUCUUCAACUCAAAGCCUACACAACCUGCACAGCCUUCUCACCAAUCAACCCUGUCCAACUCCAGCUCCGGAUUUGGAGGAUUCGGGGACUUUUCAUCUCCCAUGGCUGCUGCCCCGGCCCCUGUCCCCAAGGCGUCUUCUGCCAUGGACGAUCUCUUUGAUUUCUCUGCGCCCGCCACUACUAUUCAGCCGACUUCUCCGCCAGCCACGCAACCGAGUGCUCCGGUAUCCAACUCGGUUUUCAACCUCUCUUCUCCCCAGACCAAGCCCGUUGCUCCCGCUCCUGCGCCUGCACCGAGCUCGGCUGCAACCGCGCUGGGUGGAGCCAACCUAUCGGGAGCUGACGUCUGGGGUGGCAACGAGUGGAGCAGCGGGCCAUCCACGGCCGCCCCGAUAGCUCAAAAGAGCCCUUCGCUGCCAAAGGCAUCAGCACCCAGUCUUGGAUGGGAGGGAGGUGCCUUUUCCAACACGCCAAUUGUCCCCGGAUCCAGUGGAGGCUUUGCCCCAGCUGCCCCCAAGGUCACCGCUGAUGAGGAAUUUGGCGGCUGGGCGAGCAGCACCGGUGGAGCUAGCUCUAACGUGACAUCCAACCAGGGAGGCUUUGGAGGCAGUGACGAUCUGUUCAACAAUGUCUGGCAGUAG